AAGCGCUCUCCGGUUUCUCUCCAAGCGGCUCCUAACCCGGGCGAUCCAGAGAAUCUGGACCGUGACCGGCAGGGGGGGGCGGGAGCAGAGAGCCCGGUCAAGUCUCCGGGGCUGCCGGCGACUUCGGAAGACGUGCGCCCCGCGCCCUCGGCCGCCCCCGGCCGCUCGCCCCCGCCGCGCCGCCGCCGCCGUCACCCUCGCCCCCCGGCUCGCCCUCGGCCCCCGGCGGCCGCGAGAGGCUGCGGGAGACGCGGAGCCGGAGGAGGAGGAGGAGAAGGCGCAGCCGCUGUCCGAGCCGCAGCCGCAGCCGGAGCCCGAGCCGCGGGGUGGGCGCGAAGAUGCACACGACCCAGAAGGACACGACGUACACCAAAAUCUUCGUCGGGGGGCUGCCCUACCACACCACUGAUGCCAGCCUGCGCAAGUACUUCGAGGUCUUCGGCGAGAUCGAGGAGGCGGUGGUCAUCACCGACCGGCAGACGGGCAAGUCCCGGGGCUAUGGAUUUGUCACCAUGGCUGACCGGGCAGCCGCCGAGAGGGCCUGCAAGGAUCCCAACCCCAUCAUUGAUGGCAGAAAGGCCAACGUGAACCUGGCAUACUUAGGAGCAAAACCAAGGAUCAUGCAACCAGGUUUUGCCUUUGGCGUUCAGCAGCUUCAUCCGGCCCUCAUUCAGAGACCUUUCGGGAUACCUACCCACUAUGUCUACCCGCAGGCUUUUGUGCAGCCUGGAGUGGUCAUUCCACACGUGCAGCCCACAGCAGCUGCGGCCUCCACCACACCUUACAUUGAUUACACUGGAGCUGCCUACGCGCAGUACUCGGCUGCAGCUGCUGCCGCCGCCGCCGCCGCUGCCUAUGACCAGUACCCCUACGCGGCGUCCCCAGCUGCUGCAGGCUAUGUCACCGCCGGGGGCUACGGCUACGCCGUCCAGCAGCCCAUCACCGCGGCUGCACCGGGGACAGCUGCCGCCGCCGCCGCAGCUGCUGCAGCUGCCGCCGCCUUCGGCCAGUACCAACCUCAGCAGCUGCAGGCGGACCGAAUGCAGUAGACCGGCCAGCUGAUCAGAGUUCAACUCUUUCCUCUUUUCCCCUCCCAAUUUCCCAAUUUUUAGUAGCUGAUCGGAGAGUUCACACUGACUUAACAGCUUUAAGAAAAGGAAAAAAAAAAGCAGUGCUAUUGUGAAACAAAAUUAUUAUUAUUUUUUUUAUAUAUUCCAAGGAGUGUUCUAGAAGAGAGACGUGAGAGGGGGGUCGUGGAGUGGAUGGAGCAGUUCUGGGAAGUCAAUCCCAAAGAACCUAGUGCAGGAGAGGCCGCUAGGAAUGGAAGGCAGGAGUCCCGUGGGAACUUCACUUUUUGUAACCGGAUUUUUAUUUUUUUGCUCUUUUUUAUAGCAUCAGGGAAGCAAACUGCCUUUUUCCAGUUAGAAUUGCUAUUUGAAUCUAGUUGAACCAGGGAAUACAGAGUGAGCAAUAUGUAGCGAGAAUUACCUUUCCAAGAAGUUUUUGUUUUGUUGUUGGUGGUGGUUUUUUUUUUUUUUUUUUUUUUUUUUUGAAUGGGAAAAGCACUGCAGACACACUGGGAGGUUUCUGUCCCAGUAGAAAACUCGUGUUCUAGCUGGCUCACCCCAUGGGCAUUGAACAAUCCAUCUAGGAGCGGGGCGGUGGGUGCGAGUGUGGGCAGGCGCCAAAGCCCUUUCCUCAUCUGUCCUGUGGGCCAGUGGGAACAAAGGAUGUGGCACGCAUGGACGCGGCAGCUCUGCAAACAAUCUGUGAUACACAGUUCUGGAAAGAACACAUCCCUUGUGCUUGGAUGAUGAGCUUGUCACGUCCUCAUCCCUCUCCCCAUCCUGUUUCGAUUUUGGGAAACUUGUAUCUGCUGGCGUCAGCAAUUCUGAUUCCUGAGUGGGGUCAGGCUUCUACCACAGCCGUCUUUUUCUGUUUAUUCUGUUGACUUGUGGUGUAGGCAUAAAGGCAGGCCAAGUUUGCAGACUCUAAACCCUUAAGAUCUGUCUUAAGGACAUUUAUUUUUUUUUCCUCCCUUUUGAAAUAGUUUUACACUUUUUAGUAUCUAUUUCAGAGUCGUAUUUAAGACUAUUUAUUAGCGACUGCCGUACAUGAGAAAACUAAGUUACGGGACGACAGUUCUUCAAAGGGUAACGACAAUGUGGUUUAUACUGUGCCUUAAUAGUAAUGCUAUUUAAGAUAUUUAUUUUUACGUUUUACUAUGCUGCACUCUAAAGAAAGGAACUUUAGAUGUGACACUGUAAAAUUAUGUAUUCAUCUCAUGGCAUAACUUAUUUAGUAGGUCUAGGUGUAGCGUAUCAAAGAUUAACCUAUUCAACUGAAGAUGUUGGCUUUGAUUUAUUUAAAUUCAUAUGUGCACUGUAGACGAGAAUACUCUGACAUUAGCACAUUUUAGUUUAUUUUAGUUUUUAGACUAUGGUUCUCU